UCUGAAAGUUCUCGAUUUCGACCGGAAAAAAGCUCUUGAUUUCUUGGGAUAUUUCCCGUGGCUUUCGCUCUCGUUUUCCCACACUUUUGUUACAUGAAAUCUUCCGAAAAAAUGCCAUCUUUUUAGAUGUUUUGUGAUAAGUAGUUGGUUCGUUCGAUCGGCGUGUUCCUGUCUUAAAAGUGCCUCCUUUAUUUCUCUUCUCCGAGUGAGCAAUUUGCAUCGCACGAUCUCGUCGUGGCCGCUUCGUCCUUGGUUUCUUUGUCCCAAAGGGUUCGUAAAGGCCGCGCUGCUCUGAAAUAGAACCUGCAGUCGAUGUUGCAAGAACUGUUUUAUUGGUCGUGAUAUGUGUUCUUGAGUUCUUGCAAUCUGAAGAAACAUUUUUUUCUCUCUCGUUCUCUAUCUUUUAUUCGGUUCUGGUGGCGCAUGCCCGAAAUAUUUCUUGCCCGGAGGCUUGCGUAAAAAUCAUCUUUUGGGAUCCAUUUCCAAGAUGCAAUCUUGUACCCUGUUUUCUCACAUGUUUUUUUUCCUAAAAGAGGAAAUUUGUGCUACGUGGGUUUGGAGGCUGUAGAUGCAAAAUCCUGAGAGCGCAACUCGCUUCAUUUUUAUUCCCAGGUGAUUGCGAUUAACAACCAGUUCCCGGGCCCUCUCCUGAACGUGACGACGAACCAGAACGUGAGGGUGAACGUCCAAAACAACCUGGAUGAGCCCCUCCUCAUCACCUGGGACGGAAUCCAGAUGAGGAUGAACUCGUGGCAGGAUGGCGUUUCCGGAACCAACUGCCCGAUCCCUCCUGGAUGGAACUGGACCUACGAGUUCCAGCUCAAGGACCAGAUCGGCAGUUUCUUCUACUUCCCGUCGCUCGGCCUCCAGCGAACUGCCGGCGGGUACGGCCCCAUCACCGUCAACAACCGUGCCACUGUGCCGGUCCCCUUCGGCCAGCCCGACGGCGACAUCACCCUGUUCAUUGGGGAUUGGUACACCAAGAGCCACAUUGAAUUGAGGAACAUGCUAGAUGAUGGCAGGGAUCUAGGGGUACCAGAUGCAAUUCUGAUCAAUGGAAGGGCACCAUACAGAUAUGACACUGCACUGGUUCCUGAUGGCCUUCAGUAUGAAAUUGUUGGAGUUGAGCCAGGGAAAACGUAUCGCUUCCGUGUCCACAAUGUUGGCAUCUCAACUAGCCUCAACUUCAGGAUCCAGAAUCACAACAUGCUUCUGGUAGAGGCUGAAGGAACCUACACCAAUCAGCAGAACUACACCAACCUCGACAUACAUGUGGGACAGUCGUACUCUUUCUUGGUGACCAUGGACCAAAAUGCAAGCACUGACUACUACAUUGUAGCGAGCCCAAGGUUCAUAAGCAAUCCUCAAUGGAGUCAGGUCACUGGUGUAGCCAUCCUGCAGUACUCAAACUCCAAAGGCAAAGCUUCUGGGCCUCUCCCUGAUGCUCCAAAUGAUUACUAUGACAAGUACUACUCCAUCAACCAGGCAAGGUCCAUCAGAAUGAACACGAGUGCUGGUGCUGCCCGUCCAAAUCCGCAGGGAUCGUUCCAUUAUGGUUCGAUCAACAUCACUCAGACAUUUGUUCUCAAGAACGAGGCGCCCUUGCGCAUCAAUGGAAAGCAUCGGAGGACGAUCAACAGGAUCUCAUACUCUCCUCCUGAGACACCACUGAGGCUUGCUGACCUCCACAACCUUACUGGAGUUUACACAACUGAUUUCCCUGCAAUGCCAAGCAACGUGCCAGCAAAGAUAGCUUCAUCUGCACUGAACGCAUCCUACAAGGGCUUCCUUGAGAUCAUCUUCCAGAACAAUGACAGUGACGUUCAGGCCUACCAUCUGGAUGGUUACUCAUUCUUUGUUGUAGGGAUGGAUUACGGCGAGUGGACACCAGACAGGAGGAAUGAGUACAACAGGUGGGACGCCAUAUCUCGCUGCACGACUCAGGUCUUCCCUGGAGGCUGGACUGCGGUCCUAGUCUCACUUGACAAUGUUGGUAUCUGGAAUCUGCGUGCGGAGAAGCUGGAUAACUGGUACAGAGGGCAGGAGGUCUAUGUGAAGGUUCCUGAUCCGCUGGGCUACAACAUCACUGAAAUGGUCAUGCCGGAUAAUGUCCUGUACUGUGGUCUCCUGAAGGACAGGCAAAAGCCACAGGUUCAUGAGUCAAACAGCAAGUCAUCGGCGCAAGCUGAAGCUGGAUGCAGAAACAGGUUCCUUGCAACUGUGAUGCUGGUUGGCGCAGUGGUGAUCUUCAGUUGAAUUUGUCAAAUUUUUUGUUAGAUUUUGCGAGGCAGGAAUAGAACAUUUACAAGAAGAGUUCAGCAUAGGGAAGUUUAUGGAGAUAGGACCUGGUGGUGAUUCUCAAGUUUUUAGAUGUUGUAGAACUAAUCGAAAAGCUGUUUCUGAAUAGGCAGUAGUUUGAUACUGAAAAUGAGAAUUCAACAGUUUACCAAUGUGUGUGAUGAUUGGUUGUAUUGCUGCUGCAGAUAGAAUGAUUGUUCAGGUCUAGAGGCUGCAGUUCA